UUGAAUAGGAAUGACAAGGAAACAUGACAGCCGCUAAAGUUGAAUCUGAUAUACCAUUAUAUGUCGCAUUUUAAUGCCAUUGGCGUACCGUUCUCGUGGUCAUUGUUGUAAAUCCAAACGGAAGCCACCGGGAAAGCCGCUUGGGGCCAAGCCAAAGAUUACAACUGUAAGAAACCCAGCCCUGCUUCGGUUACGCGCCGAGAGAGGGAGCACGCCGACAGUGACAGGCUGCAGUCAGGGGCACUUCAACAACUCAUCUGUGUGCCUGUGAUCGACUUUAUCCGUUUUCUGGUGUGCACACUCAAAGGAUGUAGACCUCGGCCUGCUAUCUCGCCCGCUUCUACGUCUCGCUCAACGCUUUGGCAUGUUCUUUUCAAUGGGACUUUUGGCAAGUGGUUCGACAAGGCUUUUUUUGAACAGGCAAUGCCUUCCCUACACGUUUUGCGGCGCAAACUACAAAAACCACACUCGUGUCUCAGCGAUCCGUCUUUGUUGCUCGUGUAUACGUGUGCUGGUAGUUUAAAAUGCCUAGGUUUUGAUUAAAAUAUCUUGUAUAUACGGACGGAAAACAACCAACGGAAGGAGCAAGGACCUCUAUCUACUCUUCAGCUUCCACGGUAAUAUCAUAGUGCUUUUUAAUGGAGCUGGAGAAUAUCGUUGCAAACACGGUUCUCCUAAAGGCAAGAGAAGGUGGAGGAGGAAAACGUAAAGGAAGGAGUAAAAAAUGGAGGGAGAUUCUUCGCUUCCCUCAUAUCAGUCAAUGCGCGGAGUUGAGCAAAAGCAUCGAUCUGGAUUACUUCAGCCUGUGCGAAAAGCAGCCCAUUGGUAGACUUCUGUUCCGCCUCUACUGUGAGACCAGACCUGAGCUGCAGCGAUGCAUCCAGCUUCUGGACGCCAUGGAGGAAUACGAGGUGAUGCCAGACGAGAAGAGAAAGAGUCGAGGAGAUGAGAUCAUCAAGACGUUUCUCACAAAGCAGUCCCCUGAGUGUGUGGAUGUAGCCGAAGGUCUUGCUGAGAUAUGCAGAGAAAAUCUAGAAGUGAGCGCCUGCAAGGAGAUCUUCUGUGACUGUCGCAAAGCUAUUCAUGACUACUUGAGUGGUGUUCCCUUCUCCGACUAUCAGAACAGUAUGUACUUCGACCGCUUCCUUCAAUGGAAGAUGCUGGAAAGACAGCCCAUCACGAAAGACACGUUUCGGCAGUAUAGAGUUCUGGGGAAAGGAGGCUUCGGAGAGGUGUGUGCAUGCCAGGUGAGAGCCACGGGUAAAAUGUAUGCCUGCAAAAAGCUGGAGAAGAAAAGAAUAAAGAAGAGGAAGGGGGAGGCAAUGGCUCUCAAUGAGAAACAGAUUCUUGAGAAGGUCAACAGCAGGUUUGUGGUGAGUUUAGCAUACGCAUACGAGACCAAAGACGCCCUGUGUCUGGUGCUGACCAUCAUGAACGGUGGCGAUCUGAAGUUCCACAUCUAUAACAUGGGAACCCCAGGUUUUGAAAAAGACCGCGUGCAGUUCUACGCUGCAGAGAUCUGCUGUGGUCUGGAACACCUUAACAGAGAGUCUAUCGUCUACAGGGAUUUAAAACCAGAAAAUAUACUCUUAGAUGAUAACGGUCACAUCCGGAUCUCAGACCUGGGGCUGGCUAUUAAAGUACCUGAUGGAGAACAGAUCCGUGGCCGAGUGGGGACGGUGGGAUACAUGGCUCCAGAGGUGAUCAAUAAUGAGCGGUACGGCAUGAGUCCAGACUGGUGGGGGUUGGGUUGUCUCAUCUACGAGAUGACUGCCGGACGGUCGCCUUUCCGCGCUCGCAAAGAACGAGUGAAGAGGGAAGAGGUGGAGAAGAGGGUGCAGGAGGAGGAAGAGGAGUACAGUGACAAGUUUUCUGAAGACACCAAAGCCAUCUGCAGGAUGCUGUUAGCAAAAGAUCCCAAACAGAGGCUCGGCUGCCAGGCGGAAGGACCUGCUGGAGUCAAAGCCCACCCCUUCUUUAAGAACAUCAACUUUAAGAGAUUGGAGGCCGGCUUUCUGGAACCUUCCUUUUUGCCUGACCCCAGGGCUGUCUACUGUAAAGACGUUCUGGACAUUGAGCAGUUUUCGACCGUUAAAGGUGUCAAUCUGGACCAAACAGACAAUGAUUUCUACACCAAGUUUGCCACUGGAAGUGUCUCCAUCCCAUGGCAAAAUGAGAUGAUCGAGACUGAGUGCUUUAAUGACCUUAAUGUAUUCGGGCCCCAGGGGACGCUGCCCCCUGACCUGGACUGGAACCAGCCUCCCGAGCCUCCUCGGCGUAGCCUGCUGGACAGGAUCUUUAGGAGACAUGUGAGGAUCUCCUCUACCUCAUCAGAGGAACACCCCAGAGAACACAAUAGUUAACUACAGACCAGCAUCCAGAGGUGACCAUCGCUCACAGCCGGGUCUUGUCUUCCAGCGUCCUCUCUGUUGACUCCAUGUCAAACUCUGCCCCCUAGUGGACAGACAGCUGCUGGACUACAGGGAACAAAAAUGCGUGAGCGAUAAAGAAGACGGAAGGAAAUGAAGAAAACUCCUCCUGCCCUUUAAAGGCUGUUCUCCAUAGAAGGGUCACUGCCUGGACCCACGCUUACCUUCUGCCGAGAGGGCAGGAGCGAAACAAACUCUUGUUCAGAGAUGAAAAACCUCUAUUUAUCCGAAAGGAGAACUUUUACUCUACUCACGCUCCCUCAGGAUUGCUGGACCAGUAAAGAGCCACUGACAAUGACAGAAUAUUAACUUGUAUUAUUCAGGGGAUUUUAUCGACAAAGAAAGGCCUCCACAGGGAACGGGAAGGGGGUUUUUAAAUUUAGUUUUUUGGACGGAAUACAGUGAACUUAAGAGACUACAUACACGCUCGCAAACACUUACUCUUCACCUCCCUCUGCCUCCUUUUUCUCCAUCUGCGCACCAAAAUGUACGUUGCCUUGAAUACUCUCGGGCCAAAGAUUGAGCUUGUCACAGUAUGACACGUGUUUGAGUAACUCUUACCAUAUUUUGUUGCAGUGAAUGAGGCCUAAAAGCACAAGGAGAAUCUGAGAUCACUUAAGCGUUUGCAUCUUAUAUCCCCCAUGUCAUGUGCAUGCUAUUGUUAAUGCUGAAAAACGUCCUCUUUCGUCCAUCUACAAACUGCAAAGAUACACAAACCUCUCAUGUUUAAAGUGGUAGUUCACCAAAAAAUAAAAAUUCUGUCAUCAUUUACUCACUCUCUUUCAAAACACUUAAUGACUUUCUUUCUUCCACAGAACACAAAAAAGAUAUUCUGAAGAAUUUUGUUAACCGGCAUGCAUUCACUUGGAUUGUUUUUUUGUCCAUACAACAGAAGUGAAUGGGUUAUUUUUUGCAUUCUGCAGAAGAAAGAAAGUCACACAGGUUUGAGGGCGAGUAAACAAUGACAUUUUUGGGUGAACUAUCACUUUAAGAAGACAGUGCUUGUUUUCCAAAAAAAAGAGGAUAAUUUAUUUAAAAAUGAUAUUUAUUUAUUCACCCCCACGUUUCAAACCUGUAUGACUUUUUUAAUGUCUGCAGAAAACAAAAAAGACAUUUUGAAGAACGUUGCUAACAAACAACAUUGGCCUCCAUUGACUUCCAUUGUAUGGACACUGAACCACUGAGACAUUUCUUAAAAUAUCUUCUUUUGUGUUUCACAGAAGAAAGAGUCAUAUACAGAUUUUGAAAAACAUGAGGGUGAAUAAAUGAUAACAGAAUGAUUUAUUAAUCUCAUUAAGAUAAAGAGCAUCUGUACCUCACUACCAUACUGAAUCUGAACUAGAAACACACAUGCAAUAAACCAGACACACAGGAAUUUUCUUACACAUAAACUUUCUUUUUAAAGUAGUAUUUUAAAACUACAACUUCACCGGUGUAGCCAUAAUAAAAAAUUCAGUUUACAAAGCCAUUAAAAUACAUUUACUUCCCAUCCAUAGAGAAUUUUGAAUUUGUCAUGAAUUUCUUUAAGAAUGUGUAGUUUGAUCAGUAACGUACAAUAGGGAAACUCAGAAGGAAAGUUAGCUGUGUCAUUAUAUUAACGUCUCAACAAUUUAUGUUCAACUUCAUAAGCUUUGCAUUUACUCUACCAUUCCAACAUGUGAAUUCUCACGUGCCUCAUUAUUACAUCUAUAAGACAAAUACCUUGUUUUACAAGUACAUACUGUAUGGUGCCAUGUAAUUUACAGUCAUGCGUUGACAUGUUUACCAUAAGUGUGCAGUUAUGCCAUUAAAUGACUUCCUAAGAAGGGUUUCAAGUGAGAAACCAUAUCAAUAUGAUACCGCUGUUCACACAUCUCCUUUACAUUGGUAAUGUGUGUAAAAACUGGAUAUUGCACUGCAUAACAUUAUUAUACAUGAUUUGCACUGCACAUUGUCUGGAAAACCUAACGUUGAUUAAAUGGGACCAGUGAGUCUGGAUGACGGUUUCUUUGUGAAAAGCUGCUCUGUGGAGGUUGAAGAUGUCUGUGCAUAGGAUUAUCAUGCUGUUGACUUUAUCCCACAUUUUGGUUUUAUUGUUAUGAUCAGUGGACAGUUUCAGCUGAUGGAACCCCUAUUUAAAGAAAAAGUGUGGCCAACUUUUUUAUGUUUGGAAGUAUUUUGAUGUACUAUUACAGGGAAUAUUCCUCUUUUUUGUUGUAUCUGGUUGGAGAGAGAUCCUUACUCCAGUGGAUCAGUUGUGACAAACUUCAACACGUGAUGCUUUCGCAAUUGGAGGUGAAACUGCAUAUUAUUUAUAUACGGUGCAUAAAUGUUCAGUAAUUGUUUAUUGCUUUAUAUCAUGAAGAAGUGUGUUGUUUUAUGAUGAAGGCCUGUUAAACGAUUAAUAGCGAUUAAUCACAUCCAGAAUUAAAGUUUGUGUUUACAUAAUAUUUGUAUGUGUACUCUGCAUAUUUAUUUUGUAUUUAUAUGCGCAUACACAAGUAUGUCUAUUUGUUUAAUAAUUCAAAAUAAAUAUGCACAGUACACAGACAUUUACUAUGUAAACACAAACCUUUAUUCUGGAUGUGAUUGCGAUUAAUCGUUAAACAGCACUGUUGUAACAUAAAGGAAAAGUUCACCAUUUUAAAGGUUUGUCAACGUACUUCGAUCCUUCAUGGCGUCCUUUAUAGUUCAGGAGUUGUAGUGCAGUAAACUAACAUUGUUGUCUGCAUUUCAGUUGGUUUAUGGUAAAAGUAAAGGGUCUUCCUUUUCAUGCACCUACAGGAAAUGUAACACAGCUGUGAAGUUUAGAAAAGGAGUGAAUCUUUUCUUAGACUGAGAGUCAAUGCAUUGCUUCUGUACUUCCUGUAUGUUCUCCGUACAACAAUGUGACAUCUUACCUUGCGGUGACAGACAUUAUUGCUGCAUAAAAGGGAACUUGCCUUUAAAACAAUGACCAAACUAAAAGGGAAGUGGUAUUUUUUUUAGAGAGUUCAAGCUGACAUUUCUGGCUCAGGGAAGGGAUGCAUUUGAAACUAAGGACAUAACUCCUAUUGGAUUCACUUUUUUUGUUUUGAAGAGAGUUUUAUGUACAUUCUGAAAAAAAACCCAAUGAAGUGCCUCCUUUUUAGUAGUCUAGUCCAGGUUAGUGCCCAUGAUACAGUUUGCACUUUGUGUCACUCCGGUCAUUUACACAAUGUAAACAGGCACAAAUACACAUGCACACGCUCACACACAUUUUAAAGAGAAGUGUUGUACUACGCUGAUUGCAUGCGAAGCCAAACCUGACAAAAUCCUUCUGAAUAAAACCUGUGCUGGCCUGAACAUAACUGUGUAGUUCUUUUUAGCAUGUUUAAAGCAUAUAGCAUUCAUCAUAUUUUAUAUAUCUUUAAUACCUUUUUAAAUGCACAAUACGACCAAAUUUGACAUGCAUUUGUUUUUUGGAUUAUAUCCAAAAAUCCGAGUAUUUAUUGCAUAGCAUUCAUCGUAAUGGAUCAUUACUAGAUGUUAGCCAUUUUUAAAUACACCGAAAGAUAAAAUGAGCAUGGUAAAUUAAAUCAUUCAUAAAAUAAAUACAUUUAUAAGGUUUUUUUUUCUCGAUGGGAGUUUUGGGUUCCUCACCACCGUUUGCAUAUUAUUUUGCACUAUCUGCCUGGCCGGGGGGGCUGCUUUAGAAUUCAUACUUGUAUUUAAUGUGUCUCAUGUACAGCUGCUUUGUAACAAUGAAAAUUGUAAAAAGCGCUCUAUAAAUAAAGUUGAGUUGAGU